AUAAUAAUAGCAGCUGUUUUACAUAAGCGUUUCUAAUACAGGCAAGAUGUUGCAAAAUUAUGGGCUUUUAAGUCGCAUCAAGAUAAGUCACGCACUUGUCAGCGUGCUAUCGAGGAACAUCUGUUUAUACAAUGGCUCCCAACAACAGCAACAACAGAGCGCAGAAACUGAUCGGGAAGUCAAACAUCAUGAAAAGUAUGCCACCGAUUGGUGGAACAAAAAUGGUCCGCUUGCAGCGUUGCAUGCUUUAAAUGAAAUCAGAGUACCCCUAAUACGCGAUGGAAUUGUGGCUCGUGGCAAUGUUAAAUCCCAUUAUAUAAACACCACAAAAGUGCUGGAUGGCCAACGCAUAUUGGAUGUGGGCUGUGGCGCUGGGGUGCUGACGGAGCAACUGGCUCGCCUAGGGGCUCAAGUAACUGGCAUUGAUCUGGGUGAAGAGCUCGUUAAAGCGGCACGUGCUCACCUGAGCAACUGCAGCCCAGAACUCAGCUCGCGAGUCCAAUAUGAAGCGGAAGCAAUUAAUCAACAUGCAAUGCAGAAUUGUGAAUCCUACGAUGCGAUUGUUGUGUCCGAAGUGCUUGAGCAUGUCGACGAUAAGGUGGCACUGCUUAACUCCUGCGUGCAAACACUAAAGCCAGGCGGCUCCAUUUUCAUCACCACCCUUAAUAAAACAAUACCGAUGUGGAUGGGUGGCGUUGUCCUUGGCGAAUAUGUGCUGAGCUUGGCUCCAAGGGGCACACAUCACUGGGAUAAAAUGAUAGCACCUCUCGAUGUGCAGCGCAUAUUGGAUACGAUGAAUUGCCAGACGGUGCUCAUCAAUGGCAGCACCUACGACUUUUGGCACAACACUUGGCGCUGGAUAAACUCCACACAGCUGUGUUAUGCGCUGCAAGCGAUUAAGCAAAAGCCGGACGAAUAUGCCUCAUCUCAUUGACUGUAUUUUAUUAGGUUAGGUUAGGUUAUAUCGGCUGUCAGCCUGAUGGGCUGACGCACUUAGGCCAUAAUUGCCCCGUUGUGAUACCGAAUGGGAUUCAGGGAUUUUCUCCUGCAGUCGUGCCUCCAAAUCAUUCUAACAAGUCAAACAUUUGCCCAGUCAGAUGCGUUAAUGAAUUUCGCUAUCUUGGCUGGUCUUAUAUGUCGGAGCUCUGAUAUGUAUUUUAUUAACUUAGUUAUUAAAGUAAAACGUGAACAUUA